AUUUUCAGCAAUACUUUUUCAAUGUCUGUUGACUUGCGACUCUUAAAUAUAAUGAGCAAAACUGAACACAAGUUGCUUGUAAUACUAUAUUUUUCCCAGAGAGGUCUUUAUAUCCACAAUCUUCUUUACUGCUGAUACAAAUGGUAAAGUAUUAAUUUACACUCCUAAACAAUCCCCAACCCUUUUUUUCCCCCACAAGAGAAUAUAAUCCAGUGACUGAAAGCUGCCUUGAUUCUGAGCCAGUAGAGGAUCUGCACUGGGCAAAUCCCACACUGAACAGUGAUAAGUCAUGGAAGUCCAACAGCAGAUUACCAAAGUGACGACAACCUACAGUUCAAGCACCUGGAGCACAGGCCUAUUUGACUGCUCAUCUGACAUGAAUACCUGUUGCUGUGGUCUGUGGUGUUUGCCGUGUUUGCAGUGUCAGACUGUUUCUGAUUUUGGUUGGUGUUUCUGCAUGCCCCUGCUAGACUGCUGUCUGGCCGUCUCUUGCUGCCUUCGCAGCAAAAUGAGGGAGCGCUAUAACAUUGAAGGCUCUGGCAUUAAAGACUUCUUCACUAUGCUUUGCUGUUACCCCUGUGCCUGGUGCCAGAUGUCACGUGAGAUAAAGACACGUGGCUAGCAGUUUUUUGUGGAAAUUGCCCUUUAGCUUUUUUAAGUUUCAAAAUGUCAAAUGUUCAAAACUUUAGAUUAAAAAGGGCUUGUUUUUUUUGUUUGUUUGUUUGUUUGUUUGUUUUUUUUAUAUAAAAAGUGCAUCAGCAUAUAGCAUUUUUCCCCCCAUCUUUGAAUGUUGUCCUACAUUUUCUUUCUCUCUCUCAUACAUUUUAUAUAUUUUAUAUAUAACUUGAAUUUCUAUAAAAGGAGAUCAAUAAAGGUCCUAGCUAUGGUGAAUUUUCAUUCAUUUGACCAAAUUUUUAUUUUUAUUUUUUUAGCAUGCUCUGCACAUAGGCUACAUGUGCAAUGCAAAGGCAACAUUAACAUACAAUGUCAAUGGGACCUUACAGAGAAAUUAUUUCCCAUCCAGCAAACAAGCAUAUUUUGUAGCAUUCUUUUCCCUAGAAUAUAUAACAUGGUCAAUAUUUUAAGAAACUCCAUAUGCUGAAAAGAAUAAAAUUAAAUUUGAAACCA